CUCCACUCCAGUCCCGAGGCUCUCCCAGUGCAGGUUUUUGCUCUGCACCACAGCUUGUGGUCCCUGGAGGCAGGUAGCAGGCGGCGGUGAUGCGCAGACAGAGAGGAAGGUUGGCUGUGGGAGAAAAGAGCAUCGGCAGCCCCAGCAGCAGUAGGAGCAGAACUGCAGCUCUCGCCACUGAGUGCUAAGCCCGGGGAGUGCACUGCUCAUGCCUGACUGCAGCCAGUGUGUGUUGCCGACAGUGACAGGUGGAUGUGAGGCUGCUGAGCUGGGACUGGGAGUGGCACUGCUUUGUACCCCACACACACCGGCUAUUUGGACGGGCACCCGGCGUCUCUCCUUGGGAAAUGCUUUUUUGGCUGAAAGAAGAAGAGAUGUCACACCAGGAAUUAACGCAGAGGCUCUCCACUGUCAUCACUCAUGUCGAUGAAAUCAUGCAGCAAGAGAUAAGGCCGCUGCUGGCUGUGGACAUCAUAGAGCAGCUUCAUAAACAGUUUGCUAGCUUGACAGGAGGAAGAGGAAAGGAUGGAGCACCUAUAAUAACAUUCCCAGAAUAUCCAGGCUUUACUGAGAUCCCUGAUGAUGAUUUCCUGAAUGUUGUAACAUAUUUAACAAGCAUUCCAAGCCUUGAAGCUGCCAGUAUUGGGUUCAUUAUUGUGAUUGACAGAAGGAAAGAUAAAUGGAGCUCAGUCAAAGCAUCCUUGACACGAAUAGCAGGAGCAUUCCCAGGAAACCUGCAACUUGUGUUCAUUCUGCGCCCAUCCCGUUUCAUCCAGAGGACCAUCUCUGAUAUUGGCAUCAAACUCUACCGAGAUGACUUUAAAAUGAAGGUACCGAUUGUAAUGAUAAAUUCAGUUUCUGAUCUUCAUGGAUACAUUGAGAAAAGCCAGCUACCCACUGAGUUGGGAGGUACCUUGGAAUACAGCCAUAGUCAGUGGAUACACCAUAGAACAGCCAUUGAGAGUUUUGCACAAGUUGUGAAAACAACAGCACAGAAUCUGCAGACCUUUGGAACAAGCCUUGCUGAGACUGAGCUUCCAAAUGAUGUACUGUGCACAGAGGAGCUGCUGCAGUCGCACACAGAGCAACAGAUCAGUCUGACAAGUGACCUGAACCUGGCCAUGCAACAAGGUGGCACGCUGCUCUCAUGUAUAAAGGAACCAGUAUCAAAAGACCUAAGCUACAAACUAAAUCCUGAUGAGGUUGAGAACAUGGCUACAGUUGAAAGGCUUCUGGCUCAGCUAGAUGAAACAGAAAAAGCUUUUGGUCACUUCUGGAGUCGGCAUCAACUAAAGUUAGAGCAAUGCUUGCAACUGCGACACUUUGAACAUGAUUUCAGAGAGCUGAAGCUUUCUUUGGAUGGACUGAUGGAGAUCCAAGCUGCAUUUGCAGACAUCGGGGACAGUGUAUCACGGGUGGAUUACCUUCUCAAGGAGUUAAAAAAGCUGGAAGAGAAAGGGCAGGGAAUGUUGGAGAAAGCCCAGCUGCAUGCUCUCCACGGUGACCAGCUUAUCCAAAACAACCACUAUGCCGUGGACUCCAUCAGACCAAAAUGCAUAGAACUCAGGCGAAUCUGUGACGACUUUACCAAUGAGACAAAGAAAAAGUAUGACAUAUUGGCAAAGUCACUGGAGCUGCACCAGCAACUUGACAAGGCCAAUAAGUGGUGCGAAGAUGGAAUCUACCUUUUGGCUUCCCAAGCUGUGGAUAAGUGUCAGUCGCAUGAAGGUGCAGAAUCUGCCUUACGGGACAUAGAAAUGUUCAUUGAAUGCUCAAGAGGACACCAACUUUCCAAUCCAGCAGAUUUCUACAAUAAAUAUGAUGCAAUUCUCACUCUUGAAAUUAAAGCAAAUGUUGAGAAAGUUUUGCAGAAGGUGUCUGAUGUUCAGGAGAUGUUUAAUAAGAGACAGACAAGCCUAAGAAAGCUGGCAGCUAAACAGACAAGACCUAUUCAACCUGUUGCCCCACAUCCAGAGUCCUCACCAAAAAGGUCAUCUCCAAAGACUGCACGACCCACCUCACUGGCCACAACCCGAAGAGCAGCUGAAGUUACAUUUGUGCCUCCCAAGUCUCUCUCUGAAGCAGACCUGUCCAGGAAAAGGAACAAUAAGAAACCCAAAGGAGGAAUAAAGAUUGAAGUGAUGCACGAAGCUAGUCAGGGUGGAACAAGCCGCACACUGGUGAUGAGCGAGAGUGAAGAAAAUCUCUCUUCAAGAAAAAGCCACAUCAUAAAUGAGUUAAUAGAAACAGAACGUGUUUAUGUUGAAGAGCUUCAAAGUAUCAUAGAGGGUUAUGCAUCAUCUUUGGACAAUCCUGAAAUGAUUGGUUUAAUCCCAGUGGCAUUACAAAACAAUAAGGAAGUUCUCUUUGGAAACCUUUCAGAAAUCUAUGAGUUUCACAAAAGAAUUUUCCUCAAAGAAUUAGAGAACUGUAUUGAAAAUGCUGAUUUGCUUGGAACAUGUUUUUUAAAAAGGAAAGAGGACCUUCAAAUUUAUGAAAAGUACUGCCAAAAUAAACCAAGGUCGGAAGCAAUCUGGAGACAGUGCGCAGAGAGCAUUUUUUUUCAGGAAUGCCAGCGUAGACUGGAUCAUAAGCUGUCUCUAGAUGCUUAUCUUCUUAAGCCUGUCCAAAGGAUCACAAAAUAUCAGCUGCUUUUAAAGGAAAUGUUGAAAUGCAGUAAGAAUUCUGAAGGGACAGCUGAAUUAGAAGAAGCACUUGCCACGGUGUUGGACAUAAUUAAGUCAGUGAAUGACUCAAUGCACCAAAUAGCUAUUACAGGAUAUGAGGGGGACCUGAAUGAGCUUGGUAAGCUGCUCAUGCAGGGCUCAUUUAAUGUGUGGACUGAUCACAAGAAAGGGCACAACAAGGUAAAAGACUUGGCGAGAUUCAAACCCAUGCAAAGGCACAUCUUUUUAUAUGCUAAGGCCGUGCUGUUUUGCAAGAAAAGAGAAGAGAACAGUGAAGGACAUGAAAAGUCUCAAUCUUACAGUUUCAAGCAUAUUCUGAAGAUGAGUUCAGUUGGCAUCACUGAAAAUGUUAAAGGAGACAAUAAGAAGUUUGAAGUAUGGUACAAUGGCAGAGAAGAAGUCUACAUCAUUCAGGCAUCAACUGUAGAGCUGAAAAACCUUUGGGUUUCCGAAAUCAGAAAAGUCCUUACAGGACAACUGGAAGCGUGCAGAGAAGCAAGCCAGUUACAUCAGAGGAUUACAGAAAGUGUAUACCAUGCACCAAUGAACUCAUUUAUUGCCAGGUCCAACAAGACUUCUGGUAACAGCCAGAACAAAGCAGAAUUGCCAAGUCUUGAAGUGUCCAAUAAGAAGAACAGGACUUCAAGUCCAACUGGAAGACAAAAGAAAGCUGAUAAUCCUGCCAGUCAUAAUCUUGAGCGCUCAGCUCUUGCUAGAAAAAGAUUCACAUUACAGGGUCUUUCGAACCGCAGAGCUCCAUCCAAAGAAUCUAAGGAGAAAGAAGCUACUCGGCGAUUCUCCUCUGUGAGUGCAACAUCUAUUAAAGUUCCUGCUCGUACAAAAGGUCCACUGGGCCCUGAUGUGAAAGCAAAGCGACAUGAAAUAAAGAGUGACCCAACUCCCCUUGGUUUUGAAGGCUGGCCAAGACACAUGAACUCUAUGGAAACCUUCCAAGACUUUUCAGCAAUCCCUUCCAGCAAUGAUGAACUUUCUAAUUCUUCAGAUGUUGAAGAGGAAAUGACAAAUAGCAAAGGAUCCAAUCUGUUCCGUGUGGAAGGAUGUUUGGAAGUAUUGUUCCCCAGUGCACUCACGCUUCAACAUGGUGAUCUUGUACAAGUGGAGCAAUGUGGAGACAGUGGACAGUGGUUAGUAAAAGAAGUGGUUUCAAAGAAAACUGCAUGGGUACCUUCCAACAUGUUAAUUCCUGCAAAGAGCGAUAUGAAGAACAUCUGCCAUGACGAUAACAGUACAGCCUACAGCGAUGCAGGUCAAACAGCAUUGGCAUCAACAAGCAUGAAAGAGAAGCAAAAUGAACGGACACGAAGCCUGGUGGCGGAACAGAAGGCUGUGAGCUGAACUUAUGAACUAAUGUGAUUGUGAAACAGUAUUCAAAUUGUUCAUCUAAUGAAGUGGCUUUGAGCCAUGGGGGAGGGGUGGUCCAGUAGGAAAAUACUGAAGAUUGUCUCGCAUUCCUUUGCAUUCCUUCACUGGAUCUUAUAAUGGCCUAUAUUAGGCCCACAGUAUAGGAGAUAUGAACUAUGCACUCUGCUCUGUACAGCUUCUUCACCUGGAGUCUCUCACAGUAAACUCCUCUACUUGGAGCUUCUCUGAAAUACAACUGUGCCCUUUUUACUUGAUCUACUUGCUCCAUGCUUUAUACACAGGUCACAGUUUUACAGCAGGGAUUGGUACAAAAGCACCUUGCAGCAAUGCCAACAGAUUAUUUGCAAUUUCCUACGCUGAACUUUUUUUUUAAGAUAUGAAUAUUGGCUGCAUACUUUCUCAUACUGUAAGUCUGGGGUUUGCUUUAACUGCUAUUUGAGUGCUUAUUACUUUCAUCAGUGACUUGUUAGCACUCAGUGGCGACAGGGAAAAAUGAGAAUGAAUGUCUCAGAUAAGCAUGAUAAAUCCAGUUUGCUACAUUUGCUCUGCUCAGUAGAUGAAUCGAUUCUGCAUCACGUCUUUUGCUUUCUUUUUUUUCAAAUGGAAAACGCAUGAAAGCACUGUAUAAGAAAACAAUGGAUAUGGUACUAGGAUCCAGAGCCAUCACUGAGUGCUGCUGGGGGAGAGCGUUAUGUCUUACACUGCACCCGGUGUGAAAGAGGCAAUUUUACUGAUAUCUGAAAGAACUUUCUCAUACAUAUUCCCAUUUUACUUCCCUGCAUCUUUACAUUUAAAUUCCCAUACAUUCUCCAUUGAAUAUUCUCCAAUUUCCUAAGACCACAGGAAAGAAUUUUUGCCAAAAGUAAUUUCUCUAGGUUUAGACUGCCAAACUACCAUUAUAAAGAUAGAGCAGCCACUUUUAAAUCUCAUUUUGUCCAUCACCCCCUCCAUGCUAAUUUUCCACAUACCUUAUUUCUUUAUGGUGAAAAUUUUCUUGGAAAAGCGCACUUACGAUUUAUGAGAUGUGAAAAUACACCAAGUUGCAAGUUGAAGUUAAUUUUGGUAAAGUUAGUGGAGAAGAAAAUUCACACUUUAGUAAAUGUGCCCCAUAGUCUGUAGGGUGGUUUCCUCAGUGCAAGUGUAGGGGAUUAAGCAUUAAAUACCGUAGCUUUAUUAAAGCCAACAAGGGAAUCCUAACUGGAUAAUAACAACAGUCUUUAGGAUGAACUUCUCUUAAACUUCAUGGUGGGCCUUAUUUACAAACACUGGGAAUUUUACACAGUUGCAAUAACCUAUAGAACCCAUCAGCAUUUCCAUUUCAACUGCCCUGCAGGGUACACUGUAAACAAAUACCUGAUUUAGGUAACUUCAGUGGUACAAAUUUGCCCCUUAUUUAUAAAUGAUUGUCUGCUGAACUUCACUGCUCAAUGGCCUAUGGAAAACAUGAAGAAAUAAGAGUAGCAAGUCAUACGUCAGCCUGAACAUGUUCCUUGUCCAUCUGUGUUUGGCUCCACUCCCUGCUAAAGUGUCAGUGAUCAAGUAGAGGUUCUACUGGGCCACUGCACAAUUCCAUCUUUGUUUGCACAAAUGCAGUCAGUCCAGUCUCUGGGGAAUGGGGAGCUAAAUAAGGAAGGAAACAUUGUGGUUCCUAUGGUUUUAUCUGAGAUACUGUUCUUUGUUUUGCUAAAGCAAAGAAAUAUAUGCUCCCAUUUGCUUACUAAACCAAACGUGAUAUGGAACUACAUUUUACUUAUCACAAACAAUUCAUACAUUUCAUAUGAGCUUUUAAUAAUAACAUUUUUAGACGACCAAACAGAAUAGCUUGUACCCUUUUGGACAAUGUCUUGUACCAAAUUCCAUUUUAGACAGGCUUUAUAUAAACAUGGUAUUUGACUCCAGUGACUGCUGUGUUGCACAUGAAAGUGUAUGCAAUGGCCUCUGUCUGCAACAUAAUCUCCGUUUCCAAAAGGCUCUUUUGUUUUAUUUACCUGCGACAUAGAAGGACAAUAACUCUCCUGGGAAAUCUCUCAGCUUGGCAACUUAAUAUGUAUUUGAAACUGGACUGAUGUAAAUACUAGAUUGUUAUGUGUAUCAAUACCUUUUUUCAUUGUACUAAAUUAUAAAUGACAGAUUUCAUCUCCAUUUUUGUAUUUACUAUUUAUAAUUUAAAAUUGCCUAAGGUUACAUUUGCUCACAAGUCAGGACUUGGCCUCAAAUAUGCUGAGCUUUGUGAUGGUGCUUUUUCAUUUUUGUAUUUUUGUUUUCAUAAUAAAAGAUGCUGGGUUUGGCUA